AUGGCGGAGUUUCAGGACGACGACAAACCGACUGCCGAGGACAAGGAGUCAGAUCACUCCACGACAGCGACGGCAACUGGCACUCAGGAGCUGCCGGAUAGUCACCCUCAGCAGGCCGAAGACCCGAAGGAGGUGAUGCCCUUGCAAGCGGCGCUUGUCGUGCCAUCGAUGGCAGACGAGCCUGUGGCCGACGCCGAGAAGGCUGAAGCCGGAGAGCAGCCGAAGCCUGGCCCGGAAGAGAAGGAAGAAACGGAAGAAAAGAAGGCGGAACAGGCCAGAAGGCCCCCCGAGCCAUUGACCACGCUAGACGAACAGGACUUCAAUGACAGGGGCGUUAGUUCCCUUGACGAGUCCAAGAAGUUCAGUUAUACAAUAGGGAAUGAUUACAAAUGCACCUUGUCCGGCUGGACACAUACAAGGCCGUAUGCGUGUGGUUUCAUUCGCAACAAGCCGGGCAUCGCGAAAGCCGUCGUCUCAAGCCUUGACCCGGACGUUUCAUACCUUUGGAAGGUGUACCAGGUCGCGAAGCUCUACGGCAGUGCCAACGGCCUGACAGUGAAUGGCGAGCCUCAAAGCAGCACCGUUGCGAGUAGCUCCACAGAGGCGACUGCCUCAGGCAAGGUACGAGCGGACAAGACCGGGAAGAUCACCUUCACUUUCUCCCGCGAUGGUGAUGAAGUGCACCUGUCCGGACUUGCCGUUGCUCGAGAGGAAUCCAAGGAAGGGAAAGUCGUGAAGCCCAAAGCGAAGGCGAAGGUGAAGGCAAAAGCAAAGUCCAAAAAGGAAGGGAAGUACGAUGAGUUCGGACGGAGGAUCGACAAGCUGAAGAAGAAGGAGGUGUCCUCGUCCGACGAGGAUCUCGACGACUUCUGCCCGUCCUCCAAGAAGAACGCGGACUUUGAACGUGAGCUGAGGAGGAUGAAGAAAAAGGUUCGGGAAGGUAUGACCGAACAGCAGAGAGAGGAAAUGGAGAACCCGUGGCUUCACACGCAGAUCUCUGACCAGGAGCGGGAGCUCAAGAAACAGAUGUUCAGAAGCUUCUACCAAGAACAAUAUGCACGGUUAAAGAACAAGGCCCAGCCCGACUACAAGCAGUACGAGAAGAGUGAUCCUACAACCUGGCAGUCGAUUACAGGUGGAAACUUGACGGCGGAGGGUGGGCAUCGCCCCCUUCCACGGCCAAAAGGAGUCAAGCUGCCAGCAGACUUCCGGAAGCAAGUCGGACGGAUCUCUCAGAAGGAGUUGCUUGAGAAGCACUCCUGCAAAGGCCAAAGGAUGUUGAUAUCCGUGUACGGUGACCUCUUCGACGUUUCAGAUCGACCUGACAAGUAUGGACCUGAUGGUCCAUACUGGUACAUGACUGGGAAAGACAUCACAUGGGCACUGAUGAGUGGAGAGGACACCGAGGAGACGAUGGACAAAUUCUACGACGUCUUCAAGAUUCAGCCGGCUGAAGCCGCAGACAGGCGGCUGCAGGGCUUGAUGAGCUGGUGGGCCUUCUAUGAGAAGGAGUACGGCAAGCCUGUCGGCCGGAACACUGCCUACGACAAGGAGUGGGGCUUGCCAGCCCCGCCUCACAUGGCAGAUGGGCUGACGCCGCUGCUUUGGGGCUCCCUGUUUUACAGCCACACAGUGCUGCGAUUGCCGGAUCCAACCACGCUGUUAGAUUUGCAGGUCUCGCUCUCCGGGUGCGACGUGGUGACGGUUCCUGGAUCCAGUGCAGAGGCCCAUCUCAGCUAUUGGCACCUCUUGGGUUCCGGAUCUAUGGAAAUCGUGAACCACACGCUGCGCGUGCAUGCCAUGUACAACCGCAAGUUCGUUAUGCUCGGCUGUGUGUUCGUUCUUCAUUUGCCUGAAUUCAGAGCAGGAUCUGCCCAAUUCAAUUUCAACUUCGUCAACAUGACUGUCCAGCAGGAUGGCUUCAGCGAGGGUGAAGACUCCCAAACUUCGAAGCAGAUGGCUAGUGUAAGCAUCUCUGACAUGCAUGUUCGUGGAGGCUUUCAUCUUGAUGUCUCAACGACGGCGCGCACCACUCUGUCCGAGAUCAGAGCAGCAUCGCUUCAGGUCAAUGUCAAGGGUGGCUACAUUGGACUUCACCACAGCCGUGCUGAGCAUGGCAAGGCUGACAUCCACGCACAGGAUGCGAUGGUUUCGAUCAGCACAAAGGGUGUUCCUGUUAAGGCCGAAAUCCCAGAUGAGAUAUUCAAAUAUGCAGCAUUGGCAGCGCCCACUGUCCACCAGGCGAGCAAUGCUACCGGCAGGCUGCGCUUGUAUCAGCUGUCGGGCCUGUCGGCUGAUGGUCGGGUUGACGAACCGUUGGAAGUCAGGGUUGAUGGAGAAGGCAGCACGGCCUACAUCCAGGCCUCCGAUCCUGUGACAAGUGAGAUGUGCAAGACGUCGCUGCAGGUCAUUAGGGGCUCUGCAGCAGCCGAAGAGGGCACGGUGCUUCUUCCUGCAACCCGAGAGCUCCUGGGUAAGCUAUCGAAAUGGCUGCAUACAGCCAAGGGAAAACAGGAGCCCAGGUACGUGGUGAAUGUGCACCUAUUGGCGCCGAAUGCCCCGACUGGCAUGCUGAAGCUCCUCUCGUCCACAGUAUACCACGCUAUGUCGCUGUCACUGGCCUCGAUCGUGACAGGUGGAAUGUUGCGGCCGCGUGUGCUCCGGAUCGUAGCACCGGUCUCCGGCAUGCGCUGGCUCUUCCCGCAGGAUGCGUGCGAUCCUGCCAUCGGGAAUCUGGAUGAUGCACAGCUCCGCUUCGGAGAGCAGCAGCUGCAAGCCAUCUCGCCAGAGGUGGACAUCGUCGGCAUGAACCUCACCUCUGCGAGGUGGAUCUGGGAUCCCAAGGGUUCCAAGGCUUACGUCUUUGACAAGGUCGAUGCGAAGUCUACUUACUUCUGGAGGCCUCGGCUUCUGACCGUCAAGGACUUCUGGAUCUUCCUCGCUGCGUCGGGCAUCACGUUAACCAUGGGCCUGGCGGCCGGCGUGGUGGUCUUGCUGAUCCUCGGCUUCCUUGUUAUUCCCAGCCUACGAGAGGAGCUUAGGAAGAUCGCGACCUUCAGGACUGCGUCGUACAGGAUGCAGUGCUCAAAAGACAGCGAAACCUGGGCUUUGCAUCCAAGCAUGGUGCACUGGCCGACGAGGGGAGUGCUGCUGCGCUGGGCCAAGCGGCCGAAAGCCAAGCGGUUCUCGACGAUCUGCUGCCAGGCAAGGCUGUGGCCGGACGCUGCCUCACUGGAGGGCUUCAAGGGAAUCGUGCGGACGCGACAUAUCGCUGUGGACAAGUUGCCGUGCCCGGAGGAGUUUCCGGAUAUUCGCUGCUUCCUGUUCGUAGUGGAUGUUAAGCAGGACGUCGGGGGAAAGCAGUACUACCGGAAAGAGUAUGACGUGGAGCUGGCGGCAAUAGGACAGCUGCAGGCAGAGCAGGAGCAGCCUCCCCUUCAUGCUGGUCGGCCAUAUCAAUUUCAGGUCAUAGCCUUCGAUGAGGCGGGAGCCGUGAUCGAGACGUCGGCGUGGUCGCGGCCCACGAUGAUCGACGCUCCUAGGAAGUUCGUAGAACUUCCCCUGCUACUGUGGCAAGGCUGGUGCCGCAUCUUGCCGUCCAGCACCUUUAACCACUUCCUGAACAAACACUGCGCGAUCCUUCCAGAGGACCCGGCCAUGCGGAUCACGCUGAAGCGGCUUCGGCUGAUCCUGGUUGCGCCGGGUCCGCCGAGCUUGGCGGGUGCUCCGCCAUCAGUCGCCGGGACAAAGGCCCAGGUUCAAGAGGUUCAGGUCUGCUUCUCGGCGGGAGGCAACUUCAAGGCAACCGACCACGUGAAGCUUCCGUCGCAGGACGAACGCAGUGAGAAGCGGCUUGUGGAACCGCUCUCCAAGGUGUUCCCAGGCUCCAACCGGAUUGACCCAAAGCAAGGGUGCAUCGUGCUGGAUGCAUUCAGCAAAGAGCUUGAGCUCGACGUCGGCCAAGAUGUGGGUGAUCAGCUCACUAUUGAGGUUUCCGUGACAUCGGAGGAUGGAACCGAAACCACAGCUGCAAAGUGGCGGCAUAAUUGGUCGCAUUUGCUAGAUGUCUUCAGCCAUCGCAGAUCGGCCACGCAGGAACUAGCUGACGAGAUUGUGCUGCUGGACGGCCGAACUGCGGUAGCUUUCCUUUCAGCCCAGUUUGAGAUCAGUAACCCAUGUUUGCCUUCGACGGCACGUCCUCCUCCAGCCAGCAACGAAGGAUUUCCUCGGAUCUUUGAUCGGAUCCGACCUGGUUGCGUGGUCUACUGGAGCGAGUCUGUGAAAUUGGACUGGGAUGUGCCAGCGGCAGUGGACCGGCAGGACAUCGAGGUGGAAGUUGUUUUGGUAGGGAACGAAGUGGACAUUUCCAAGCUAGAACAGGGGCACUGCCAGCCAAAGAGAAAAAGCCUCUCCACCAAACUCGGCUCCAUGCAGCUGCGAUCCGGGCAGCAUAGCCUGGUGAUGUGCUCGUCACACCUUGUGAGGGACGGCAUAAUGUGCUGUCACUUGCAGGCCAAGACUCUCAUGAACAGAGACACGGUCUGCAGACAGCCGGUCCAGCAUCCUGCGACAGACCUGGGGUGCUACCGCCUAGGAAAGCUCCAGCAGCACCUGGAGGAGAUAAAUGUGCCGGGGGAGGAGGAACAAAUCGGCAGCUUGGACGAAGAGAUUGAUCGCCUCAGAACGCAGAUGGACGCGAUGAAGCCUUCCAGUGCCAAAGAGAAAGAGGCAAAACAGAUGAAGAUUUUGGUGUCGCAGGUCAAGCUGUACAAGGACAAGUACUUGGAACGUGAUAAGUCAGCUAGAGCCAUCGAAGAGGAGAACUACGAGCUGCGAGAGCAGUUGGCAGCCCUCAAGACCGUCGGAGUGUCUUAUGCAUAUUCGCAGGCCGACACAUCGAUGCUUAUGCGACCGGGCAGCCCACACGGCCACAGCAAGCCUGAGCCACUAGCAUACGCUGCUUACGCGCCUCCGACGGACUUUGGAGACCCACUGGCGAGGUUGGAGAAGGCACAGAUGAGACUGGACACGUGGGCAUCGCAACAUCGCUCUUCCCUCAAGCGGAACCUCACAGGCCUGGUCAAUGUGCAGGACUUGCCGAACAUGGAGCUUCCUGGUGCGGUGGCCACACGAGGUGCCUAUGGCCCGGGUCCGCCGGUACUCCCAGAGCUAGAGGAUGACGAAAUCGAGAAGCCGGAAGACGAGCCGGCAGAAGAAGAGGAGCCCCAGGAAACUGCUUACUACAUCCGAGCAUCCAAAAACCGAGUGCAAGAAGAGGAAACCGGACUUGGACUCGUAAUGCAAAAGCUUCGCGGGUACUGGCAAGCCUUCUUCUUCCAGGGGGAAAGAGAUAUGCAGGACACGUACUACAAAACCGGACUUUGCCAGUACAUUGCACGCAGCCAGAUUUUCGAGAAUGCGACAAUGGCCGUCAUCGCAGCCAAUUCGGUGUGGUUGGGCGUGGACGUCACCUACAAUGACCAGCUUCUCCUAAUAAAUUCUCAGCCAAUCUUCAUCAUCAUGGAGAACCUCUUUUGUACAUACUUCUUCCUGGAGAUCGUCAUUCGCUUCGGCGCCUUUCGGAGGAAAUGCAACGUCUUCCGAGACUACUGGUUCGUUUUUGACCUUGCGCUGGUGCUGGCGAUGGUUCUGGACACAUGGGUUCUUCUUGCCAUCAUGGCCUCAUCAGACAUGGAUGUUUCGGUUGUGAACUCCUCAUCUUUGCGGCUCCUGCGCAUCAUCCGCAUCAGCCGACUUGCGCGAGUCGCGCGGAUCUUGCGGUCUGUGCCGGAGAUGAUGAUCCUUUUCCAGGGCAUGGGAGUUGCCUCCCGCUCUGUGAUUUGCACGGUCUCUCUUCUGGUCAUACUGGUUUAUGUUUUUGCGCUCGUCUUCAUGCAGCUCCUCAGGGGCACGGCUGCGGGAGAUGAGUACUUCCCAUCUAUUACCAAGGGAAUGUUUGCCCUCUUCUUUCACGGAUGUCUCGGCGAGUUUCUGCCAAACCUCGCAGAAGCCAUCUUCGAUGAAGGAAUCGAUGUCGGCUUGUUCCUGAUCCUUUUUGUCUUCUUGGGUCCUUUAACGGUCAUGAACAUGGUGGUGGCCGUGCUAGUUCAUGUGGUUAGCUCCGUUGCGACGCUGCAGCAAAAGAACCAGCACAAUGGUGUUAUCCGGGAACGGAUAUACAACGUUCUGAAGAGCCUCGACGGCGAUGAUGAUGACGUCAUAACCCAAGACGAGUUCAGGAUGAUCAUGGACACGAAAGAAGCCAUGGCAGUUUUCUUGGAAGUUGGGGUGGACGUAAUUGCGAUCCUGAAGGAUCCAGACAUUAUCUUUGGGGGUGAGGUGCGCUUGCCCAUUGACGAGCUGCUGGACGAGGUGAUAACUCUCCGAGGUAGCAACUUCACCACGGUCAAGGACCUGGUCCAGCUGAAGAACCAGCUUGUUCGGGAGCUGAGGGCAAGCACAGCGCUGGAUGUGCAGUGUCUGUUGAACUUGCAGUGGCUCUCAGUCGACCGGUAUCAUGCGCAUUUCUUGAGAUAG